AUGGCAUCGCUCCACCCGCCAGCUAGACGAAAGAGUAGGCCCUGUGAUGCAUGUGUAAGUUACCCCAGGCCCAACCCGAGACUACGGUACAGCAGCGCUGAUUUGGCGCAGAGGAAGCGAAAGAGCCGAUGUGUGCUGGAAGAUGACUCCACCAUCUGUGUCUUGUGCAGGUUUCACAGCCAGGAAUGCACCUUUCUAGAGGAUCCCCAUUCGCGAAAACGCAAACUCACCCAACAUGGAGACGAUACCUCCUCUAGACGGCGCUCCGUUUCCUCUGGACGAGUUGAGAGGUCUCCAGAGACGCAAACUCGCAUCAUUCAGACCACCAGUGGGACUGGAGUGGAAGAAUAUGACGACAUGGAAGGACCGAGUCUUCUGAAAAGGACACUAGGUUUGCAGAAUAAGUACCACAGUCAAUACGUCGGGGCAACAAGAGGAAUCGAACCAUCCCUCCUAGGCCCGCUCGAGAUUGGUAAGAAUCAUGUGGUGCACCUGACUGAUGGACGUACCCUACGAAGAGUCAGCUCGGCCAACGCAUUCUUGCUGCUCCCAGAUAACGGGACACAAGGCUACGCUGAUGAACUCGAAGACGUGGAUGCUAUUGAGGCAAUUGUAAAACCCCACGGCCAUGCAUUGGUGGCCAUGUAUUUCCGCAUCGUGUUUCCGAGCUUUCCAGUACUCCACAAGGAGGUCUACCUCGAGAAAUACAACCGCUCAUAUCGAGAAUUCGCCCCGCCGCUCCUGGCGAGUGUGUAUCUUCUCGCACUUCAUUACUGGUCGUACGACGAGGAGCUUAGUAAGUCAGCCAAACCAGAUAUGAUAAGGCUCGAAAGGAUCACCCGAAAGGCCCUCCAGGAUGCCAUGCAUCGACCGAAGGUUUCGACAGUUCAAGCCGGCCUUUUGUUGCUGCAGCAUACCGAUACGGACUCGGCAGAGCUGACUGCGCAGCUCGUCAGUGUUGGGCACGGAUUAGGUCUGCACUUGGAUGCCUCGGAUUGGAACAUUCCCGAAUGGGAAAAGGGAUUGCGGAAAAGGCUGGGCUGGGCCCUGUUCAUGCAGGACAAAUGGAGCAGCCUCGGGAGCGGCCGAGUACCCCUGGUCCACUCGGCAAACUGGGCACUCCAGCCGGUGACGAUGGCAGAUUUUCCCGAGAACGCGUCUCAUGAGGACAGCCAGGAAGGGAGCUCGGAGGUUGAAAGGGGUCGAAUCCUGUUCACCUACAUGGUUACUUUGUCGGUAAUACUAGCUGAUCUCCUCGAAUCCGUAUUUACACUCCAGGCGACUCGGGAGAUUGCUGCUGCCGGGUCGAGCGGUCUUUCGAUUCUCCUGGAGAAGGUAAAGCCGGUACAGCUAAGGCUGAAGGAGUGGUUCUCCAACCUCCCUGAUUGCCUAUCUAUGGAAGCUACAGAGGUAAUGAAGCUCAACUCGGUUGGAUAUUUAAGGCUAGCCUAUGUAGCCACCGAGAUCACCCUUCACCGCCGCAUUAUUCUUGCGCUCGGCCCUUCUACAAACCCACAACUCUUCCAGAUAUGCCGCUCCGUCGCCCACGAGCGUUUCAUGUUUGCCAUGGACUUCCUCCAAUCCCUCAAGCCACAACACCUGUCAAGCUUCUGGUACUUUGCAUCACCUCAAAACUUUGCUCUUAUCGCCGUCUUUGGUACCCUCCUGCUAUCCACGGCUACAAGCCCUGGGGAGGCAGACUUUUACCGGACGAAGCUGAGGGAAUAUAGGUGGAUACUGAAGAUCAACACCGAAAAUGGGGCGCGAUAUAUGAAGCCCGCGAUGGCUUUACUCGAUGCCAAUAUGUUACUUUUAGAGGCCAAAGUAGCUAGACCGGCCGAAGAAGUUUAG